GGUUCCACAAGCAGACCAACCCCACGAGCCGAGAAACCUCCGCAAGUCAACAAUAGACUUGGGCCAGUUGACGCUAGAGAGGGAAAGACUCAGGACAGAAGAAUUAAAAAUGAAGCGUAAAUAUAGUCGUAAAUCCUCCAAAAAGGCACCUGUACUUACACAAGAGCAGCUGUUGGAAGAAGCAAAGAAGACAGAAGUAGAGAACCUUGCUUCCCUCGAGGCUUAUGCUCGCAUGGAAGCACAAAAGAAGACGUACAAAAUCAAAGAUCACACUAUCAGUGGUCCGGCAAUUCGCUAUCACUCUGUCACUAUGCCUGCCUUUGAGAGAGACGGAGGUUUAACAACCGAGAAAUAUUCGCGCAACUUUCUUGUAUUUACGGACACAAGUACAAUACCUACCUCGAUAUUUCCAACUGAAAAACCAACAAAACCCAAGUCUUUGUACUGCAAGGUAACUGGCCUACCGGCUAAGUAUAUAGACCCUUUGACAAAGUUUCCUUAUUCAACUGCUCAAGCUUUUAAGGUUAUACGAGACAGAUAUGUGAAGGAGAAGGAGGAAAAGUGUGAGGAGAGACUCCAGCAGUUGAGUGACUGGUUGGAAGAGAAGAAGAGAUUAAAGAUAAAGCAGACACGUUGAGACUUGUAUGUAGUGUAUUUGAGUGGUUAUUUUGAUGAAAUCAUCUCUCCCUCUCUCUCUCUCUCAUCUAUAACCUCUCUUACUAUAUCUCUAGUAAUUUUUUUUAUUUAAUCCAUGUCGUUAUGUGCAUGCAAGAAUAACGUUAGUAGUUAAACCUGAUGCUGCAAAUCUGCCAAUUUCUUUAGCCAUGUUGUUUGUGUUGCAAUAUUGUGUGAUAAAUUAAUUUCUGAUCAUAUUUAUUGUGUGAUCUAUA